AUGUCUUCGGAGCCAAAGCAAGAACAACAGGAUGCUUUCAAGCUGGAUACAACACCAUCUACAGACAACCCUGAGUCCCAGACUACAGCUGACAUCAAAAGAUCUGAGCCGGCCAGCGAUUUGCAGGCCACAACUACCGAAUCACACGAAAAUGCCUCUUUUGUGAGCAUGGAUAUCCCCGCAAGCCUCACUGUUACUCGACACGGAGACGACGAGGAAGAAGCUCUCUGA